AGCAAGCAUGUUGUUCCGCCUGGCCUCGGAUGAAGGAGGCUACUAUAUGACUUUCUCAGACGUGUCUCAAGCGAUAUCAGCAUGCUUAGCAAAGCACAAUUCUCUUAUUUACAGCUCUUCUUAGUAUGUGGUUAAUGUUUAAUUGCUUUCAUUUGUUCAGAACGAAUAACAGCUAUAUAGUCAGUUGAUUUUGGGCAGAACAGCACGUUGUGCAGUGUCAUGAAUAUUUAAAGAGAAUUCUCAUACGAGAGCUGAGUUCGUUUAUUCAGUAAUAUAUGAUUGGCACGUUAUUAAUGUGUGCUUGAAGUGGAAUAAAAAACGACUUGCAAUUACCAACGCGUAAAAGUUUUCUGAUUGUGAUAAUCAACUUGCCUUAGUCAGACGUCAUGAGGCGACGCAAUGUGGGAGGGGUGAAUUAUUUUACAGGGUUAGAGGAAGACGGGAGGACAGUGAAUGAAUCAAUCGAGCUAGCUGUUGCUGGAGACCAAGCUAAGCAAGGACGACGUUCGGGUACAGUACAAGGAUUCGCGAUGUCUAAAGAAAUGGAGAGAAGUGAGAAAAUCAUGGAGUCGAAGGUAAUGUGGUACCCGGACUCCAAGAAAAAUACCCAAAUGGACAGAUUCAGGAGCCUUGUGAACCGGGAUUUCGGGCUGAAUCUGGCCACCUACGACGAGCUGUAUCAAUGGUCAGUGGAGAAUUAUGCUGAAUUCUGGGCUGAAGUAUGGAAGUUUUGCGCCAUCGUUAGUUCAAAGAUCUACGAGGAGGUUGUUGAUCUGUCUAAGAGGAUAUCGGAUGUCCCCGAAUGGUUCAAAGGCAGCCGCCUGAACUAUGCAGAGAACCUUCUGAAGCACAAAGAUCAAGACAAAGUGGCCCUAUAUGCAGCCACGGAGGCCAGUGAUGAGAUCACCAAGGUGACGUUCAGGGAGCUGUCCCGGGACGUGGCGCUCUUUGCCGCCGCCAUGAGGAAGAUGGGUGUACGCACGGGUGAUAGAGUGGUGGGAUACCUGCCCAAUGGGAUACACGCCGUAGAGGCCAUGUUGGCGGCGGCCAGCAUCGGCGCCAUCUGGAGCUCCACCUCCCCAGACUUUGGGGUUAACGGGGUGCUGGACCGGUUCUCCCAGAUCCAGCCCAAGAUCAUCUUCUCUGUUGCGGCAGUGAUCUACAAUGGCAAGCUGCACGAUCACAUGGAGAAGCUGCAGAGUGUCGUCAAAGGCCUGCCGGACCUCAAAAAGGUGGUUGUCAUUCCAUACGCCCGCUCCAGGGAAGAGACGGAUCUCUCUCGAAUUCCAAACAGCGUGUUCCUGGAGGACUUCCUGUCCAUGGGGAAAGAGGGGGACCAGGAUCCGCAGCUGGAGUUUGAGCAGCUGCCGUUCAGCCACCCGCUGUUCAUCAUGUACUCCUCUGGGACCACUGGCUCACCCAAGUGCAUGGUUCACUCUGCAGGGGGAACGCUUAUCCAGCACUUAAAGGAGCACAUUCUGCACGGUAGCAUGGCCAGCAGUGACAUCAUCAUCUACUACACCACGACGGGCUGGAUGAUGUGGAACUGGCUCAUCUCUUCUCUGGCGGUGGGGGCAUCUGUGGUUCUCUAUGAUGGAUCCCCUCUGGUUCCCACGGCCAACAUCCUCUGGGACCUGGUUGACCGACUAGGGAUCACCAUUUUUGGAACUGGUGCCAAGUGGCUGUCCGUGUUGGAAGAGAGAAAUCUCAAGCCAGCCGAAACACACAGCCUGCAGAGUCUCCACACCAUCCUGUCCACGGGCUCCCCGCUGAAGCCCCAGAGCUACGAGUACGUCUACUCCAGCAUCAAGAACAACGUGCUGCUGGGCUCCAUCUCCGGUGGGACAGACAUCAUCUCCUGCUUCAUGGGACAGAAUAUGACUGUGCCUGUUUACCGUGGUGAGAUACAGUCCCGAAACCUGGGCAUGGCUGUGGAGGCAUGGAGCUAUGAUGGAAAACCAGUAUGGGGGGAGAGUGGGGAGCUGGUAUGCCUGAAGCCCAUUCCCUGCCAACCCACCCACUUCUGGAACGAUGAGAAUGGGAGCAAGUAUCGAAAGGCGUACUUCUCAAACUUCCCAGGGGUGUGGGCCCAUGGAGAUUAUUGCAAGAUCAACCCAAAGACGGGGGGAAUUGUUAUGCUUGGUAGAAGUGAUGGAACUUUAAAUCCCAAUGGAGUGCGAUUUGGAAGCUCUGAAAUCUAUAACAUCGUGGAGGCCUUUGAGGAGGUGGCCGACAGCCUGUGCGUGCCCCAAUACAACAACGAUGGGGAGGAGCGUGUCAUCCUCUUCCUGAAGAUGGCGCCCAAUAAGGAAUUCUGCCCCGAGCUGGUGCAGCGCGUCCGCGCCGCCAUCCGCAUGGGCCUGUCCGCCCGGCACAUCCCCGCCUUCAUCCUGGAGACAGAGGACAUCCCGUACACCAUCAGCGGAAAGAAGGUGGAGGUGGCUGUCAAGCAGGUGUUGGCGGGGAAGGAGGUCAGCCAGAGAGGCGCCUUCUCCAACCCAGCUGCUCUGGAUCUCUACAAGAACAUCCCCGAGCUUCAAGGCUUCUGAGCCAGCGGCACUGCUGGCUGCAAGGGGAGGGAGAGCGGGGCGACGCCCUGCCAGGGACAUCUCUGUUCACAGGAACCGGGUCAUGCAUGCAUUUAAUUGAGGAUCCAUUCAGACUAGGCUGUAUGUCUCCGUACUCAAUGCCAGGAAGUGGAAAUUGGGGGAGCACUCAGUGCCCACCUGCCUGAAAAACAACCCAGAGUUGGGGCAUCUUGCUGGGGGAGUUAGGGACAUACCACCUGAAUCUCACAAUAUCUGCUUGUUCCCUCCGUGAACACAUCUUAGGAUUUUUUUUUUCUUCUUUUUUUUAUUUUUGAAAUACAGACAUGGAAGAAUAACCCUUUGGUGUUAGGCUGAUGAUGCACAUCGUUUUUGUCACUUUAAGCCAGAACCGGGGAACCGAUUUGUCAGUAAAUAGCAGGUUUAGGGUAACACUAAUAUUUGUUUAAUGGGCUUGAGCCUUUAUCUUCCAUCACAGUAAAUGGACUUUUUAAGCACCAGUCCUAUUCUGUUACAAGGUGUGAAAUCCAGCAAAGGUGACUUGAUGUGAUUAAAUAAAUAGCUUCAAUGCCUUGCAGGAAAGUUUAGGACCUUCCUGUACAAUCUUGAGUUGUAGCUUUUGUAGUGGUUUUUAUGUAAACUGUAUACAGAAAGUGAUUAACGUUUUCUGUGAAACUUGCGUCAUUGUGUUGAUAUUAAAAACGGGAGUGAGCAUUUUUAAAAAUGUGAAAAUACAGAUUUUUGUUUGCUGAGCCCUUUUGCAACACUAUCUAUAAAUAUAGAAUUGGGAAAGACAAGUAAUUAUUAGUUAGCUUUUUUUUAAGUCCAAGUUCUUUUAAAUUAUUAUUAGCCUCUCCAAUUAACUUAUUCCUGCUUAAACCUCAUGCACGCUUGACAUCGUCCUGCAAAAGUAGCUUAUCAGCGGAAAAUUGUAUGUUUCUGCUUUUAUGUCUAUUAAAACAAUGCCUUGACCUCA